CUCCUUGUCCCUGUGCCGCCUCUGGUAAUACAGGAUGCCUGACCUCACCACGUAGCAGGCAGCCGCCUUGCGGAUCUUGCGCUUGGCAUUGCCCUCCGUGCCCGGUGCGUAGGGCUCCCGCUCGUUAGUGAGAUAGCGAAGGAUCGCCAGGUAACUCUCUUCACUCGACAUGUUUGUAGGGCAGGCUGAGGAGAAUAAUGGUCCGUUGGCGGCAACCGCCGCCUUAUACCCCUCCUCGGACCCACCCGGCUAACUCACCGGGCGCUCCAACGAACCACACUGGUUGCUUCACCGUUAACCCGCAACAGGGGGUGACAGUUACACGGGGAACUGCAGAUAUCGGAACGCCCGAUGAAGAGUCUCGCGGAAAGAUAAAAUGGCUGCUGCACCAGCGGAAGUGACGUCACUAGCAGGGGGCCGAACCUGGUACGCAGUGUGUUUGAACUCGAGGCGGUGAGACGCUGCGUGAUUUUUCCCCGCGGGAGCGUGAUUGAUACCGAUAAAAAAAAAAAAUGUCAACUCAAAUUAAAGAUAAAGAAGCAUUUGAAAGACUCAACUUUCUAUACCAGGCUGCACACUGUGUCCUGGCACAAAACCCUGAGAACGUGGAGCUGGCUCGAUUUUAUUGCCAAACACAAAGAGUGAUCAGCAAGAGACUGGUGUUGAGGCAGGACCCAUCGGUGAAAAGAACAAUUUGUAAAAGAUGCAGCUCCCUUCUAAUUCCUGGUGUCACAUCUACAGUGAGGCAAAAAAAAUGUCGUGGACAGAGGAAGACGGUUAUCAGGUGUCUGAGUUGUGGUCUCACUAAACGAUUUCUCAGUAACCCAGAUUACAAACUGUGGUGUGAACAACCUGAAGCUCUCUUAGAAAAUCAGCCCAAACCAGGUGUGAAUAGUGGAUCUCAGAAAGACCCAAACAAGACAGAAUCUUCACUGAAGACUGAUGAAAAGAAAACUUAGGAUGCACUUUCUACUUAAAUAUGUUUUCACAGUUAUUUUGAUGUGUAAGUUUAACAUUUUGAAAAUACACAAAGUAUUUUUUAAAAACCCCAAACUCAUUAAAAACUGUAAUUGAUUCCUCCUACCAAAUAAAGUAUCUGUUUUUGUGCAUUUCUUUACUACAGAUUUACAACACAUCACCGAUUAAUUGCUUGGCUCAUAUGGAUUCUUUAGUCACCUUGCUUGGGCUUUGACUUUCAUAAUGUAUAAUAAAGUUGAAUUUUUUUAACCUC